AAGUCCUGGGCGCUGCUGUUUCGUCACACGCCGCGCUGGCCCGAGCCGAAGAGAAGUAUUUCAAAUCCCCCAUGUGUUUUUGUACGGGGGGAGAUGUUGUUACAGGGUAGCUGUUUGUAGGUGUGUUUUUAACGUUUGAGCAGAUCAUGACACUUUUGAGCGUCCAAGACACCAAAAGUUAGGUACAAUAGCGCUGUUUUUCUUUGUUUAUGCUGGAUGCGCUAGCCAGGGCAGUGUUAUUGGAUAGUAGUAUUGUGGUCUAGACGAGUUUUCUCAACCCCCUUCUCUCCGGAGCGCUGGCUAACAUUAGCAGCAUAGCUGCUGCCUCUUCCAUACUUUCGUAGAACAACGGGAAAGUUGAGUUGAGUUGGGAGACAUGGCGGAGACUAAAAUAAUUUAUCACAUUGACGAAGAGGAGACGCCGUACUUGGUGAAGAUUCCCAUAGCGGCCGAGAAAAUCACUCUUCUGGAUUUUAAACAGGUCUUGAACAAGCCGAACUACAAAUUCUUCUUCAAGUCUAUGGACCAGGACUUCGGGGUGGUGAAGGAGGAGAUCUCAGACGACAGUGCCAAGCUGCCAUGCUUCAACGGAAGAGUUGUCUCCUGGCUGGUGUCCUCAGAUACCCCUGCAGCUGAACCCCCAGCCCCUCCAGUAGAAGUCCAGUCUCAGCCCUCACCUCCCCCUCCUCCCCUGCCUCCACCUCCUGCCGAGAGGACGGGCGGCAUUGGAGACUCCAGACCCCCUUCCUUCCACCCCAACACUGCAGGCAGCCUGGAGUCCUUAGAUGAUCAGACAGAGACGGAGUCAGUCGUGUCUUUCAGGAGAGAGAGACCUCGACCCAGAGAGAGCUUAGAGCAGCACGGUCCACGUAUGAAUGGACAGUCCCGUUUGGACAGACACCUGGCUGGCUAUGAGAGUGCUACUACAGUGAUGAGCAGUGAACUGGACACCACAAGCUUCUGUGAUUCAGAUGACGAUGAUACGAUGAGCAGGUUCAGCAGCUCUACUGAACAGAGCACAGCAUCUAGAUUGCUGAAACGCCAUCGCAGACGCAGGAAACAGCGCCCACGUCUGGAGAGAGCUUCCUCUUUCAGCAGUGUGACAGAUUCAACCAUGUCCCUAAACAUUAUUACAGUCACUCUUAACAUGGAGAAGUAUAAUUUCUUGGGCAUCAGUAUAGUGGGUCAGAGUAAUGAGAGAGGUGAUGGAGGCAUCUACAUUGGCUCCAUCAUGAAGGGAGGAGCUGUAGCUGCAGACGGACGCAUUGAACCUGGAGACAUGCUGCUGCAGGUGAAUGACAUCAACUUUGAGAACAUGAGUAAUGAUGAUGCAGUCAGGGUGCUCCGCGAGAUUGUCCAUAAACCUGGACCCAUCACCCUGACUGUGGCAAAAUGUUGGGACCCUUCUCCACAGGGCUAUUUCACCCUGCCACGCAAUGAGCCGAUCCAGCCGAUAGACCCAGCAGCAUGGGUCAAUCAUUCAGUAGCUCUCACAGGGGCGUUUCCAUCCUACCCGAGCAGCACAAUCACCUCCAGCUCAUCUGUCACUGAAACUGAACGCUUUGACGAUUUUAACCUGUCUCUUCGCUCUGACAUGGCAUCGGUUGCUAAGGCCAUGGCAUCUCCAGAGUCCGGCCUGGAGGUCAGAGACCGAAUGUGGCUGAAGAUCACCAUUCCCAAUGCCUUCCUAGGUUCUGAUGUGGUUGAGUGGUUGUACCAUCACAUUGAUGGGUUUCAGGACAGACGGGAAGCCCGUAAAUAUGCCAGCAACCUACUAAAGGCUGGUUUCAUCAGACACACUGUUAACAAGAUCACCUUCUCUGAACAGUGCUAUUACAUAUUUGGAGACUUCAGUAACUGUGAAAAUUACAUGGCCAACCUGUCUCUUAACGAUAAUGAUGGAUCCAGCGGUGCUUCAGACCAGGACACUCUGGCCCCUCUUCCAUUGCCAGGGGCAACACCGUGGCCUCUGCUCCACUCUUUCACUUACCAGUAUCCUCACCCCUAUUCCACCCAGCCACCUCCCUACCAUGAGCUCUCCAACUACAGCUACGGCCCAGGCAGUGCAGGCAGCCAGCACAGUGAAGGGAGUCACAGCAGUGGCUCCACACGCAGUGAUGGAGAAAAGAGACGAGGCACUAAAAGCGUAUCUGGCAGUACAGCGGGCGGUAGCGUGCGUGAUGAUAAAUCUCCCGGUGGGGGCGGGGCUGAUUCGCGCUCUGGCAGCGGCAGCGAAUCAGAUUACUCUGUUCGCAGCAGCCUGAGACGAGACCACGGCUCAGCCACGCCCAGCGAACACAGCCGCUCCAGUCAGCGCUCGAGUCAGCGCUCGCAUCAUCGCGUCCCGCCAGCUCAUCUCGCCCCGUACCCGCCUGGAAUCCCGAUCCCUUACAACCCAAUGAUGGUGAUGAUGGUGCCCCAACAUCCACACCCACACCUAGCACUUGGAGCCCCACACCCACAAACGCCUACUUUGCCGCCCCACCCUGGCUUGCCACCCUCCGGCACCCCCGGUGGGCCUCCGGGAGCUCCACCCACCCGAGACCUGGGCUCCGUCCCGCCUGAGCUAACUGCCUCUAGGCAGUCUUUCCACCUGGCCAUGGGCAACCCCAGUGAGUUUUUUGUGGAUGUGAUGUAAUGAAGGAUGUAACCGUCGAUGCACAAGUGAAGGAGUGAAUGCAGAGAGGUUGUAAUCACAUGAUAACUGUGAGUUCGACUCUGUGACUGACAGAGAUGUAGUUUACUGUAUCAGUGCAGCUCUUUAGAGUUAGUGUUUGUCCUUGACGGUAGGAACAGGGUUUUCGGAAGGGUAGGAAGUCUUGCAUAGCACAGACUUCAAAAUCUAUUUUGUCUUUGCGGAAUUUACCACAACAGGGUCUGGCCUUCUUAAAUGACUGAAAAAAUUGGCUUUUUUUUAAAAUCCUGUUAUUUUGCUUAAACAUUUCCACAAAUUGCUCGAAGGCCUUUAAGAUCUCAUGAAUUUCCAGGAGAUUUUUCUAAAAGCAAAUUCAAUUCGCUUUACACCUUUUAAAUGACCAACAUUAUAUACGCUAGAAUACAAAAAUGCUUUUAAGAUAACAGUGAUAACUUUAAAACGAAUAAAGUAAGAAGCUUGUUUCUGUCAUGGGAUAAAAACAUAAAAAGGCAAUUGCAACUUUUUUCACAAGACUUUUUUUUUUUUUUAACUCAAUUCUGAGAAAAAAGUCAGAAUUGUGAGAUAAACUGCCAGUUGUGAGGGGGAAAGUGUAAAAAAAUUUUUUUUUUUUAAUUUUUUAAUAAAUAGAACUUGCAGACUAAGAAUUCAGAGGAAAAAAAGGUUAGAAUUGCAGGAUAUAAACUUCUAAAAAAAAAUUCUAAGUUUAUAUUUCACAACUCGUUUUUCUCAGAAUUGCAAGGGGAAAUUGUGAGAUUUAAGAGAGACAAUUACCUUUGGGCUUUCAUAAUAAAAGGCAUGCCUUCAGAAACCUUUAAAAGGAUUCAGAUGUUUGUAACAAUCGAUCAGGUGUAUUAUGUCUCUAAGUAGUGCUUUAAAGUGUACUAAGGAAUUCUGAAAGCUUUUCUCUCAUGUACUAUGUACAGUACGCUUUAAAAAAUGCCUUUGUAAACUGUCUUUGUACUGCUGAAUGGAGCCAGCAUUCAUGGAAACAAAUAUUCAGUUUCUGAGGUUUCAAGAACUCUUCAGAUUCCUGGUCUUGGAAAGCAAAGAUUUGCUGGUACCCUCACAAAUAGGCAGACUAUAAAAUGAUUGUGCUAAAACGGUACAUGCAGAGGAAGUUUUAACCCCAUUAAAGGUACUUUCUGGGUAGAAUGGGUUGUUUAUUCUGUUUUCUACUCCAGAGUUUUGUUUUGUUUUUCUUUUUUUGUCUCUUUGUAUGGCUGAUAAUCAUAGCGCCUUUUUAUAUGAGUUUAUAGAUAUACAGGUCCAAGUAUUCAGGUGCUACAUAAAGACUGAGUCUCAAUGGAAUGCCAUGUUGAAGUGUUACAUUUUGAAUAUCAUCAGAUACUGUCACUUUUGCAUGUCUUCACUCCAAAUAAAUUUGAUAGAAUUAA